AUGGAAGCCCCUCUUAUGAUUGCACCACAUGAACUAGCGCCGAGUCCCAGUACUGAUCUUGAAGGGGAUACGGUUCUAAGUGAUCCUGAGAACCACCUAGGUGACUUGCCCCACCACAAUACAAAAAAGGCUCUAGCGCGUGGAAAAUCACAAUGGAUGCAAAGGUCCGCACUUCGCAAGCACUUUCGACUUUCUCAAACAGAUGGUUUGACCACAGCUAGCUGUAUACAUUGCGGAAGAACCUUCUACGAAAGCAAUUCUACGGGUAAUCUCUCCAAGCACGUCAAGAACAUUCACCCCUGCCAGUACAGAUCCCAAAAGGCUGCAACUAUAAAGGAGCGUUCGCUAGACUCUUUGAUCAUGAAAUCUCGCUCGCUUCCGCUGCCGGGAGAAAUUGCUCGCGAGUGUAUGCACAGUCCUGGCUCCAUCGGGACAAUUGGCUUUUUGACGGAAAGACUGUUGCCGUUUUCGUUUGUCAGCUCUAGAACGUGGAAAUGGAUAUGUAAGGCAUGUCCAGAAAUGUCAUUCAUUCAAUCUCGCACCACGAUAAAUACAAAACUCGAAACCUACUCCCAAUGGUUUGAUAAGGCACUCGUUGCGGCUCUAGAACAAACCGAUUUCAUAAACUUAGAGCUAGAUGUGUGGACUGGAGGCAACGGUCACUCUUAUUUGGGUAUUGCAGCUUCAUUCGCUCCGAACUUGCUGAAUGAAAAGAUGUUACAAGGCGUUGGAGAAAAGGCAUUACUCAAUAACUGUGAAGAGACCAAUAACAGUCACCUUUUGGAUUUUGUUGAUAUCAGCGGCUCACGCCAUACAGGUGAAAGUCUGCAUACCACGGUCGUGGAGGUUUUGAACCGAUUUAGAAUAACAAAUAAAGUCCUCUCCUUUACCUCUGACAAUGCUACUAAUAAUACGGCCAUGCAUUCUUUCCUUCUUCACAAUCUCAUAAAACCUUCGAGGACGACGGCAUUCAAGAAGACAAAAAACUUUCAUCAUGUUCGCUGCGCAAGUCACAUUUUGAACCUUCUGUUUCAGGAGAUUGUGAGAAAGCUGAGGGAAGAUGAGAGGUUUGAAAAAGGCUUGAGAGAUGUUAGUGCGUUCGCCAAAAUAAUCAAGAGGUCAUCUCUUUUAAGGUCUGCUAUAGCGGAUGCUAGAUUACCCUUGGUGCCUUCGGCUCCCGAAACGCGGUGGAUUUUCAUUUGGAAACAGGUCGCUACAUUUCUAAAGCAUCACAAAGGAUAUUUAGGGUGGGCUCAGAGUUUGAAGUCAAAUGAACAAUAUCACAAUGUCCUUCCGAAGAUAGAAAUGCGGCUGCAGCUCACGGACGAAACAGUACAACUCUUAGAGUAUUUUACGAGCUGUUGCUCGAUCUUCCAGCUAAUGAACGAUACUUUGCAAGACAACAAUGCAAGCAACAUAGCUAAUGCAGUCACUUUCUAUUCCACGAUGAAGGAAUUUUAUGACUUAUGCAGCAGGUGUGAAACGGAAACCAUUCCAGCUUCUCCAGAGGGGUUUUUUGAUUUCACCUUCAUUAAUGGAAAGUUCGAACUCUCUGAAGAGAUAAAGAGUACUGUUUUGAAAGCCAUCAUCUCUUCCAGGUCAAAAUUCGACGAAUACUUCGAGUUGUAUGAAAAGAACGACAUCUACUUUGUUGCGGCGUUCUUGGAUCCUAGUAUCAAAGGCGAUUAUUUUAAAGAAUUUUUUGGUGAUAAUGAGGGAUCAGAGCACUUUCGAAGGGUAGAGGCAUAUGUCAAGGGCUACCUCAAGCAGUGCCAAUCCGAAAACCAUCCGUACAUUGACAAUAUGCUCAAGCCAGUGAACACGAAUCGCGUCACCAAGUUCAAAAGGCUAAAAUUGCAUUUCAAGCAGCCUCCAGAAAGAACCUCUAAAGCUCUGGAAGAAUGGGAGAACUAUAAGGCUGAUUCUCAUUUAACUUCAGAUUCUUUGACAGAUGCCGUGAAGUGGUGGUACUCGCGGCGUUUGACCUACCCUCAUUUGUUUCCGUUGGCUUUAUCCAUGUUGUACACAAAGUUCAGCACAUGCGGUAUUGAGAGAACAUUCUCUAUCAGUGGAAAACUAAUGAGAAGCGACCGCAGAAGUCUCGGGAGCGCUAAUGCGAGGAGAAUCAUGCUUUUAAGAGACCGCUUUUUUAACUUCGGCCUGUACGACAAGGAACUUCUACUCACGAAACCGGGCGAUGCCGAUGAUUUUAUAAAUAUAUCAUCUGAUGAAGAACCCCUUGAGGAUGAUUGUCAGGAUGAUGAUUACGGUGUUGAUGAUGAUGAUGCCUAUGAUGAUGAUGACCAUCGACGGUCGCUGGGCGGCGUAAUUAGUAUUUUGACCAGUAUUUAG